GCACGCGAAGACGCUCUCAUUUUCCUUACCUCCCUUUCUAAAAAUAUGGCAAUUCCUCGUGGCUUUGCUUUUCUGUUUAUCUUCUCGCUGUUUCUGGUCACAACUUCAUGUUGGCAUGAUCAUUCAGGAAGGUGCAAUUCCCGGGACGUUCGGAUUUAUCAAUCCCCCUCAGGUUUCACGAGUCUUCACAUACCAAAAUUUGCAGUCCAAAUUAUCAAUGAAGGGUGGGACAUGAAUGUGGUAUUUGAUGUAAAAAUAAGUUGUGGAGAAUUUGCAUCUGCAAAUUUGGUUAAUCCGAUGAUCUUUCGACGUAUAAUUCAUGGCAGCUGCGUAGUUAAAGAUGGAAAGAAAAUUUACCCUGGUGAAGUUAUUUCCUUCGAGUAUUCCAAUAUAUUUCCCUAUCAUUUUAGUGUCCUGGAGUUAAAAUGUUAGCAAUGUGGUUUGGCAAUAAAAUCCCUGUUAUGAA